AUGAAUCUGUACAGUCCACACCACCACAAACGAUAUCAACAGGGUUACAGUCAUUCGUCGAAAACAUUUAAUAAUCAUAGGCCCAUGCUGGGCCAACGGUCAAUUGAAUCCCGCAUUUCUUCUGAGUUUGAGGAUCAGUUUCCACAUGAGCACAAUAGAGGAAACGAUAAUUCGCGUUUUGUUAGCGGUGUUGGAUGUUCAACAUCGCAACGAACAUCCUCUUUGAUGGCUUACUCUCCAAGUGAUUUAAAUGAAGCCGUUCAGAAUAUUUCUGCAAUGAACAUCUCUUCAAUAAAUGUAUCGGCCGGCAAGACUCCGACCAAUUAUUUCCCAUCAAGUUCUGAUGAUUUCGUCGGAGCGAGUGUAAUGAACGUCGGUGGGAUUGAUUGUGGUGACGAUGGAGACGACGAGGAUGAACGAAAUGAAUUAUUUCUGCCAAGUAGUUGCGGGGACGUAGGUAUGAAAUCGUUCGACAGUCACGUUGAUCAGAUUGUAAAUGACAAACAAGCUGAUAGCAACGAUGAUGACGAAGAUGAAAACGACGACGACGUCAUAUUAAUCUCAGAAACCUGCGUGGAUGAAGACGAGGACAGUGAUGAUGGCAAUCAUAACGGCGAUGACGUCAUUAAUAAGAAUGACGUUGAUGAUAAAGAUGAUGAUCAGCCUGUUGGUGAUGGUGAAGAUUUCAAUGACGUUCAUUUCGAGAACUGGACAUGA